GAAGCGGAGAAGACAAUUCAAUUACCCCAUUUUAUGCUGUAUCUUCAAUCGUCAUUCUUCUGAUUCAAAUUUGAUCCAAUUUGAUCGAAGAGAAUCGAGGGAACCCUAAAACCCUAGUUGGGUUUUCCGAUUGAUGGCUCCGAGGAAGAAGGCGAGCUCGGUUGGCAAGAAAUCGAGCACUUCGAAUAAGGAGCCGCUGCAGCCAUCCCACCCUCCCAAAUUUGGGAUUCAACACUUCUUCGAUCGCCAUUCGCAGAGCCAGAAAACCCUCUCCCAGAGCAACAGCUCCAAGAGAAAAGACGAUUCCGCCCCCGACCGAAACCCCCAAAUUGUAUCGAAACCCGCUGUCAGUCAGAACCCGGGAAAUGAUUCUGAUCGUGCUAAAAUGGAAGUUGAUUGUCCAGUGGGCACGGACAAAUUGGAGAAGAUUGAGUCCAUGGGUAAAUAUUUGAGGGGUGAAAACCCAAUACGUAAUGCAGUAAGUUCAUCCAAAAGUUGUGCCGAUGAAAAUUGCGGAAAUUCUAUAAAAUGUGAGGAAAAGGUGGUGAUUGAUUUAUCCGAGGGUUCGCCGAAGGAUAAUUUAUCGCCUGUGGAUCAAUUGGAUGUUUCGCCGGAGCCAUCAAAGUCCGUCUCUGUUAAGCGCUUCAAGUUUUCGCCCGGAAUGUUGAUCAAGCAGAGUCAAGAUGAUGCAAUUGAUGAAGUGACAUGGAAAAUUUCUCCAGUAAACGAGAGGCUCCACGCGAAAUCUAAGUAUUUGCCCGGCCAAAUAAGGGUAUUGGCAGAUUCGACGAGGUUUAACUCAAUGAGUUUUCAGCAGUGUUCACAGAAAAAGGUGCAAACUUCCCCUCUCAUGUCAGGAAGGCUUGAGAGAUGGCUUUCUUCACCUCCACUGAAGCUGGAUAAAAAAUCUUUGAUAUGCUCGGACGGGUUUGCAUCGAGAAAGGUUAACUCAGAUAAUGAUUCGAAUUGUCGUAGAAACAGCAGAAAUAUAAGUAGCAAUAACAAAUCUGAAGUAGUAAAUACUCAGAGCCCGUUCAGUACUCCACCAUCUCUGUCUUGUUGCUAUGACAAGGUGCCCGAUGAUGUGAAUUGUAAUGGAGUCUCUGAUCAUUUGGGUUCGAGACAGCACAAAAAGGCUUUAAUCGAACUCUUAGAUGAAGUAGAAGAUGUAAUAUCCGUUGAUCAUUCAUUAUGUAAAAGCAACGAAACAUUUUUAGAUGUUGAGAGACGCCCCAACGCUGAACAUUCAUUAUGUAAAAGUAAUGAGACAUUUUUAGACGCUGAGCGAUACCCCAAAGCUGACCUUUUUGCAAACAAUUUGACAAGCACUUCAGAUGACGAUAAAUGUCGUAAAGACUCUGAUUUCAAUUUUCUUGUAUUGGAGGUUUCAGAAAAACACGGAACUGGUGAAUCAUUAGGUCCUCAAUCAUCUAUCAAGGUGCUGCACUUAUUAAAUGAACAAAGUGGAGCAGAGCGGGUUUUGCAUUUGUGGGAUGAAUGGUACUUUAGUGUUGUUGCGCCCGGAGAUACUGUUCACGUAAUUGGUGAAUUUGACGACCGGGGAAAGUGUGACGUGAAUCGUGAGAAAAACUUUCUCAUUGUCCAUCCAGAUAUAUUGGUUUCUGGUACUCGGGUUUCUGCUAGUUUCAGCUGCCCAAGACGCACUGUCCUGGAUGAGAGGUUAAAACAUAACGAGCAUUCAGCUGCAGCAUUGAUGGGUACCUUAUUGCAUCAGCUAUUUCAGGCAGGCCUUAUCAGUGAAUUCCCCACAAAAGAAUUUUUGGAGGACUAUGCUAGAACAGUACUUCAGAAAAGUCUAGAGAGUCUUUAUGCGUGUGGAGUGAAUGAAAAUGAUACUUGGAAGACUUUGAUUGAGGCGAUCCCAAAAAUAUUGAAUUGGAUAUCUUCCUUCAGAGAUUCACAGGGUUCUAAAACUCCAAGCGUUGAUUUCAAAAGCGAUGAAGGAAUGAAGAAGAUCAGAAUUUCUGAGGUAAUUGACAUUGAAGAAAUGGCUUGGGCCCCAAAGUUUGGGUUGAAAGGGAUGAUUGAUGCUUCUGUGCGAGUAAGUACUAAUACAAAGUCUGCAGAAGCUGCAGAGAUAAUUAUGCCUAUGGAGUUCAAGACUGGGAAGGCAACUAGUGGACAGGCAGCUAUGGAGCAUAGUGCACAAGUUAUGUUAUAUACUCUCCUCAUGUCUGAGAGGUACAUGAUGAAUAUUGAAUAUGGCCUUCUAUAUUAUCUUCACACAGAUCAAACACAGGGAAUUUCUGUAAGAAGAUCCGACUUAAUUGGGCUUAUAAUGCGCCGGAAUGACCUAGCCAAUGAUCUACUCAAGGCAUCAACAACUCAGCAAUUGCCACCAAUGUUACAAAGUCCAAACAUGUGCAGAAGUUGUCGCCACCUCAAUGUCUGUACUAUUUACCACAAGACAUCUGGUGGAAAUGCGGAAGGAAGUGGACUAGGUGAUUUAUAUGAUUCACUGGUCUCCCAUUUAAAAACCACACAUACUGAUUUUCUCCAAAAGUGGGAGAGAUUAAUUGAUCUGGAAUCUAAACAUUUGGAGGUUGCGAAGAAAGAAAGCUGGUGCUCAGACAAUUCGAGGAAGGACCACCACGCUACUUGCCUAACAUCUCUGGCUCUCGGCUCUUCGAUUAAAUCAUCACCAGAAAAACUUUCAAGAGGAAACCAAUUUGUUUAUCGCUUUGUGCAUCGAGAAUUUCCUUUGCUUGACACAGAAAAACCUCAUGGAGAUUCAAGCUCUUCCUCUUCCUUGAAGCAUAUUUUCAAGAAUGGGGAUUAUGUGAUCUUAAGCACAGAACCUGGUCGUCUACGAGUUGCUAAUGGGGUCAUUGCGGAAAUCGGUAACUCCCAUAUCUCUGUAUCUUUUGCUAAACGAUUAAGAAUUCCGGGGAGUAGUCAUGGGUCAACGGCAGAAGCUCUUCGUCAGCAAUCCUGGCGGAUUGACAAAGAUGAAGCUAUGGCAUCAUUUGCAAUUAUGAGGUACAAUCUUAUUCAAAUGUUUUUGCAAAAUGAAAGUAGUUCUUGCCUGAGGAAGAUGGUUGUUGAUCUUGAGAUGCCUAAAUUUGAGAGUGGCUGCACGUUUAGUCAAGAUCCUGCUAUUUCAUACGUCUGGUCGGAGAAAAGUUUGAAUGAUGAUCAAAGAAGAGCCAUAAUCAAGAUAUUGACAGCAAAGAAUUAUGCCCUUAUUCUUGGAAUGCCUGGCACCGGCAAAACAUCUACCAUGGUACAUGCUGUGAAGGCAUUGUUGAUGAGAGGUGCAUCCAUUUUGCUGACAUCAUACACAAACUCAGCUGUUGACAAUUUACUAAUCAAACUUAAAGCUCAGGGCAUAGAUUUUAUAAGAAUUGGUAGGUACGAAGCUGUUCAUGAGGCAGUUCAAGAGAAUUGCUUGUCAGUAAUGGAUAUGGAGAGCACUCAAGAGAUUAAAGAAAAGCUGGAUAAAAUCAAUGUUGUUGCGGUUACUUGCCUGGGAAUAAAUAGUCCUUUGCUUACUAAUAAGAAAUUUGACAUAUGCAUCAUGGAUGAAGCAGGACAGAUAACACUGCCGGUUUCCUUGGGCCCUCUGAUGUUUGCUUCCAAAUUUGUUCUUGUUGGGGAUCAUUAUCAAUUACCACCACUUGUUCAGAGUCCAGAGGCUAAAGAGAAUGGAAUGAGCAUGAGCCUCUUUUGCAGGCUCUCAGAAGCACAUCCACAGGCAAUUGCGGCUUUGCGUAGCCAGUACCGUAUGUGUGCAGACAUAAUGGAACUGUCAAAUGCUCUGAUAUAUGGAGAUAGAUUGCGUUGCGGUUCUAAAGAAAUAGAAAAUGCAAAACUCAAGUACAGGUGUUCGGCAUCUGCACCAGUAUGGCUGAUGAAGGUUCUGGACCCAAAUCAUCCCGUGAUAUUUAUCAAUACAGAUUCGUUGCCUGCAUAUGAGACAAAUGAUCGGAAAGCUCUGAACAAUCCAACUGAGGCAUACAUUUUGGCAGAGGUCACUAAAACGUUGGUGCUAAGAGGCAUCGAAGCGCAUGAUAUCGGCAUUAUUACUCCAUAUAAUUCUCAGGCAAAUUUCCUUAGAGGAGCUGUUUCAGAACCCGUAGAGAUACAUACGAUAGACAAAUAUCAGGGAAGGGACAAAGACUGCAUAUUGGUGUCCUUCGUAAGGUCAUGUGAGAGCCCGAGAAGUAACACUUCACUGCUUGGAGACUGGCACAGGAUCAACGUUGCACUAACACGUGCCAAGAAGAAGUUGGUAAUGGUGGGAUCGUGCAGAACACUAUCGAAAGUGCCGCUGCUAAAGCUUCUAAUUGACAAGGUAGAAGAGCUUUCUGGUAUGUUGGUUGUUUCCAACAUGGAUAUUAUUAGUUACCACCACCAGUUUGAGCUCAAGAGAUGCUCAUCUCAAUUCACUUGACACUUGAUACUACUGCUUUUUUGCCUUCUAAUUUAAGUUUGUAUCAUUUUGCAACAAGUAAUACAUAAAUGUAAAUUAAAAUGAAUCUAUAAUUAUGAUUUAUUAACCUAACCUUACC